AAAUCUUGAAUGGUUUUUGUGCAAAUUCAUGUGCUUUGUUGUUCAUCACAUCUUAAGUGAUGAUUGCCAUCAUUUUGACAUGAAUCGCAUGUUUAAAAUGACGGUUAUGAAGCGAGUGCACUGAAUGCACUCAAAAAAGUGAGUGCACUGAAGACGCUACCAUAUAUAUAUAUGGUGACUUCUACGGUGCCCAGGGAAAAAGCCGGGUACGGGUACCUUGGCCGAUCUUAACCGUUCGUUUUCAAUCUCCACGACUCACGUUUGUUAAACCUAACUGCGCCACUAAAUAACUAAACAAAUUACAAAAAGCCUCCUCCGCGUUAAGUUUGUUUUCAUCCUAGUCCAACUAACUGCCCCGAUUAAAUUAAAUGGAUUAAGACCCAAACCCAAUUGGGUAGACCCACUGCCGCCCAAACCAAUUUCCAGUCUCCCUAACCAAUUACACGAUCCCUCUCUCGUCUUGGAGGGACGCCCCUUCACAGUUCCAAGAGAAGCUCCCCAUCCACAUUCGACGUAGAUUGAAUUUCCCAAAAAAAUUUUGUCUUGUUUCUUCUUCGCCAUUGUAUAUCCCCUCGCCUAUCUCUUUCUAACACGAUUACGGCGACCAUGUCUAUUAUUGUGUUCAUCGAACUUUUCAUUUGCAAAAGAACCCUUGAAAGAGGUUUGCUAACCCUAGGGUUCAUGUCCCUAGUGCUUUGUCAUCUUGUCUUAGCGUUAUUGUGAUUUUCUCGAGCCUUAUAUCUCUCGGUGAAUUUAGGUUUCCUGAUAUGUAGUGUUCGUCUCGCCCAGAGGAUUGAGGAAGAAGAUGAAGAACACAUAAUUUGAUUCGAAUCGGAUGGAGAGGUCUCCUUAGUUUGUGUUUAUGUAUUAACGGUGCGUUUAGGACUAAUUCUAGUUGGACUGGGUCUGAUCAUUGAUUUUUGCAGGCUUUUAAAUAACAUUCAAACGUGGGCUUGUACAUGACCCAUGCAAUAUUCAAAAGUGGGCCUGGAACGUGCGAGCCCAUUAGUUUUCUCCUGCGGUAUCAGCGCCAACCCUAGUUUAACUAGCUUUAGCUACCCUAGUUUAACCUACACGAGUUAACAUCAUCAUUACUACAUAUCUUCCCAAAUCUUCUAACUCUUGACAUUCCAGACUCAACCGUCUCCAUCACACGUCUCCACACUCAACCCCCACGAUCACUUUUUCUUACACCUACAAUCUCUCUUUCCUCCAUCUUCACCUUCCCUUGUUCCUUCUUCCUCUGACUCCAUGGCAAACAAAGGCAAAUCGUUUGCGGAUAUGGGCAUACUAACUCUAUCAAACGACGACUGCCGAUCCACCCUAAGUCUCGCGGACUAUCUUUCAUUCACGAGCAAGACAUCUAUUGUGGCCGAGUAUGAGUUCAUCCACCUGUCCCCUUUCCCUCAAGAAGUGAAGCAGUUAAUUAAAAAUCUUGGCUGGGAAAAGUUCUUUGAUCUCCGGAGUCGAGGAAGCACCAGUUACUGCCCGCAUGUGGUGAGGAAGUUCUACCACAAUUUAGAGCUGUCUGGUCCCUCCGAUUCUCAUCUCGUGUCGGUCUUCCUGGGUUAUAGAGCCUGCUUCCAGCCUCAUCAGUUUGCUGAGAUCCUCGAUCUCCCCGCCGCAGGACACCACAUUGAUAGCAGAAGCGAUCUUCGGCUGUACGAUUUUGAGUUCGAAGUUGAACUGGCGAGACUGACGAAUGGGCGCAUCCAGGCUUCUUUCCUCCCAGAUCCUCUUCGAUUCCUCCAUUGGAUGAUCAUCAACUGCUUCAUGCCAAGGUACAGUGGUCAUUCGAUAAUUCGUAAACUUGACCUGUUUAUCCUUGUGCAAGCUCAAAGAGGUGUUCCUCUUAACCUCGCAUCUCUCAUGUGCGUGAACAUGGUUGAGGCUGCUCCUAGAGGGGAAAACUGGUACACUGCCUUUCCAUAUGCCACCUUCUUGACCACCUUUCUUGGAAGGGUUGGGAUGGAUAUGGGGGUUUAUGCUAGGGAGGACCAUUCCGCCUAUUUGCCAGUCUACCGUAUCGUCGAAGUGACCAAUACUUUUUAUGACCUUCGGCAUACGGAGCAUGAAGAGACCCCUGAGGCAUCCUCAAGCAAACGUCCUCGGCUUACAUGAGAGUCGAUUGAUGCAGGGCGGGGUGGAGCAGUGAAGGGGCCAGCAUUGGAUGUGUUUUGUUAAGAAGUUUACUGUAAGGCUUCGUUGUUUUUUUUUCCAGUCUUUUUCUCCAUCACUCAAAACUGUCAGGUACUGAGGGGAGCCAGUACAUCAUCUGAUUAGGAAAGUCUCCCAUUUUUUUAAUUAUCCAGACAAAUAUUUUUCUAUGCAUGCAGUAUUUUGUGAAUUUGCCAUGGCUAAUUUCCCUAAGACAGGUGACGAGAUGCAGUAAUGGUCAUCCCUAAGCAGGUGCAAUUGCAUCCUACACUUGCUAUGAUGUGAGAAGCUAUUGCAAGGGUGCAAAUUUGGUUGCAAUUGAAAUUGGCCCACGAGUGGGGACUAUUGAUGAAAUUGCAAUGUUUUCUCAAAAUUAUAGAAGUGGAAGUAGGGACUACCUAUGAAAUUGCAAAUGAAUUUCAUUGGGGGAGAUUUUAAUCCGCUUUUGUUCUAAGCAGUUCCAAUUAGGUUGAUUAUAAUGAUUUUUUAUCUAUGGUGAUUUUUUUCUCCUUUUUCAUCAAGACUCAUGCUUCUUUUAUCCCCCUGUGGAUCUAUCAUGCUUCGUUUAUAGUAAAAUAUCCUUUUAAUU